AAUUCUGCAGAUUUCUCUAGAGACUGUCAGAAAUUUCUUCAUCCCUCGUUUAAAUUCUCUCACAUAUUGCAAUCCCACCAAUUUCUCCACAACAACGUUCUCUCAAAAAGAUAGAAACAAAUAAAUGGGUUUGAUCGGGAGAUUUAAGCGAAAGGACAUCGACCAAGUUAACGACGACUUCUCCGAUUUCUCCCUCUCGUCGCCGGCCCCCAAGAUUCGCCGUCUGGAUGCUGAUUUACCCCCCAUAAUCGAGGAAGACUCCAUCCCUGAGAACCACAAAAGAGCCAUCGUUCUCUUUAACCCGAACCCACUUAAACAUGGUAACACACCUCCCUUGUGUUCUUCUCCUUCUACCCCCAUCUUCUCCCUCCAUUCGGACCUCAUCUCCGGCUUCAAGAACCAAUUCCUACGGGCAACCGACACGAAAUCAGCCGAAACAGAAGAGAAGAAGAAGGAAAACGAUGGGUGUUUAGCUGUUGUUCCAUGGGUUCCUUGUCAGAUCCCAUCAGUGGAAAGAAGAGAUGGGGAGCAGGAAGUUGCAGUUGCAGAGUCGAUGGAAACAGAUGAAAUGGAGGUAGAGGAGAAAGAAAGCAUGCAGGAAGAGGAAGGGGAGGGAUACCAAUUUGAAGGGUUGAAGCCAAGAGAGGCCUUACAUCAUCACUGGGGGCCGCAGCUGCAGCAGCAACAUUGCAUGCUCCCACAGCCUCCUCAAAACCCUUUCACUCCAAUCAGCUGGUCUGAUUGAUGAACUUUUAAUGGUGGGGGAAAUUUAGUGUAGUUUUGUUUUGUGUAAAUGUUGGGGCCAAGGAAUGAGAUGGGUGAAAGGAGGCUCGGGGCUUCCCUGGUUUUGCUUGCCUUCUAAAAUUAUCCAUUCAUUUCUGAGAAUACCCAAAGUUUAGAGGGGCGUAAAUGGUUGUAAUUGUGCUUGAAAUCCUUGAUGGAGAUGGUGGGAAUGGGACGUAUCUUCUCUUUUGGUAAUUGAGGCUAAAGAUGCAGUGCCUUUUAUUUUGAUCACGCUUGUAUUUCAGCUCUUGCCAUCCCCAUUGUAUGCAUUGAAUCACAACUAUAUUUUAGUUUUGAUCGCUAAGUAACAAUACC